AUUAAGCGCAUCACGAGUUGUUUUGAUCAGGUGAGGCGGGUUUUGAUUUACUUGCGUAUCAACUUUCUGUUUUGCACACAUAAGUAAAAGUUCUUAUCAAAAUCAAUGUUGAUUUAUCAGUAAACGUUAGAAAAGUUAGCUUUCUUACCUCACGCCAUGGAAGUGAAUCCGCUCAGCAUAAUCCUGGUCAAGUCAGACAGCAAAGGGGACCGGCUGUUGUUUCGAUACCCGUACAGCGUAUCGCAGCAGUUUCAGACUAGUGUGGUUCCCAACCGGAAAACGCCGUACUCGAUCCUAAACAACAGCGAUGAUGUCCUCCAAAAUGCUCCACCCACGGUGACCAACAUUUGCUUUGAUCAACUAUACGGAAUAUCGGAUGAUGUGCUGGCCACGCUGUUUGCAGUGAAGUCGGAGUUGUGCAAUCAGAAGUUCGAGCUUAAAGUUAACGAUGUUCGGUUCGUGUCGCAUCCAACCCUAAUGAAGGUCGACAACGAGGACCAGAAGAAUGCUUCUUAUUUUCGGAUUAACAUUGUUUUUGCCUUGCAUGCUCAAGCGAGCUAUUCGAUAGUCAAAUGCUACUACGAACUCAGUAAACGAAUAGGAGUGGCUCUGUUGUAUGAGGAGAGGCGAGCGGGUUAUCUUUCGAAUGAAAUGAAGAUCAUGGUUUCGAGCAUCGACGAGAUGGCAGCCGCUGCGCAAGAGCUUGAAUUCGGAAGUAAUGGAAAUAUCAAUGUGUUUGAUAAUAUAUUGAAGGAUUGUACCUUGGCCCAGUUUAUCAAGACAAUUUAUCACGAUCUCUGUACGACCGGCCUUCUCAAUGUGACUAUGAAUCAGUCAGUAACGCUUAGUUUUUGUCUACCACAGAAAGCACACCAGUUCCAUAAAAAGGGUGUGGUCGUUGAACCAGAGGCCAUCGAUAAGUGUCUCCAUGCACUGAAACCCUACCAUGGGAUGUUACUCUUGGUGGACCCCUCCGAAUUAUUGGAUUGUGUGCCACCAUCCGGUGCUCGUAUGCUUUUGCAACUAAUUGAGGCGUACAAUCCACUGAAAAGUUUACAAAACAUGGCUUCGGAUGCCGACCUCAUAAUAGAUCAUGUUUAUCAGCUGGUAGGUCAUCUGGUAUACUGGGCCAAGGCAACGAUAAUUUAUCCACUUUGCGAAACCAAUGUGUAUGUGAUAGCACCGGAUGCACAACUUAACAUUCAUUCAAAUUUAUCGGAUAAAUUUUCAACCAAAUUCCCUGGUGACGUGCUAUUUGAAGUGAUUAGCGAUUUUUCGCUUCCAACGUCGAUAGGGCAUUUGACAACACCACUGCAGCAUCCCGCCAGACAGGGUCGAUUGGCUCAGAUGGUUCUGUGGAUGUUACAGCAUCACCUUUUGAUGCAAUUACACACUUACGUUCAGUUCAUUGCUUUCUACGAUGAUGGUGAAGAAAUCGAUUAUAUCGAAAAUGGAACGAUGGAAGACAAAGGAAAGGAGAACGGUAUCUAUCAGGCAGCACAACACGGACCAGCUAUAACUAAAAACCAAACCGUUUGUAGUUCCCUUCCUUGCACGUCUAGUCAACCCUUAGCGGUGCCGACAAAUCGGAAGCACUCCCUGUCGGAGGAUAUAUAUCCGGACAGUCUAACGGCCACUAGUAACACCAGACCAUCGUCAGCGAGUCAUCGAUCCAACAUCAGUCAUUCAAGUGUUGGCCAAACGGCGUCCAGUACGGAUAACGACGAAUCGAUAGCUUCGAUGGAAGACGAAGAUAAAAUCAAACGACUCUUAUCGGCUUUUGAUGAGUGUGAUAGGAAGGCUGUGAUGAAAAUUCCCGCUGCAUUGAACUCCGAAGAUCUAUCGCUGAUGGUGCGGCUUUGGCAGGCAGGUUAUUUCAAAGGCGAGCACCAUCUGGAGGAAAUAAUGUACUUUGAAAACUUACGCCGGUCGCAGCUGUUACAGUUGGUGGACAAGUUUCGAGAGGUCCUCAUUAUUUAUGAAACUGAAGAUCCGGCAAUCGCAAGUCUCUACACUGUAGCACAGUGAUGAAAUUCAAUCGAAAUCAAAACACAUUAGUAACAAUUGUGAAAAAAAAACUUUAUUCGUUUAGGUAAUGGUAGCAAAGAAAGCCCUACCUUCAAGCUCUAAAAUCCGGUACACCUUCGAAUGUACAGCCAGAUCUUUGAAUGAUUUGUCUUGCGGCCCAGAUGCCGCACUUGAUACAAAUAUCGUAACUAUGUCCUUGUACCAAUUGUGCCAGGAAGCCACCGACAAAAGCAUCACCAGCACCGUUCGUGUCCACUAUCUGUGCCAGUUCCAGCUUCUCUACUGGAAAUUCCUUCACAGACCCACCCCGAACUAGCAGGACCGGAUCGCUACCUUGCGUUAUGAUAACAAUUCGUUCUCGGGACUCGUUCUGUUUUGGCAUUGCAGCAAUUUUA